CAGUAUUUCUUCCAUAAGUCAAUGUUUUCUCACGGCGAUGAAGGGACCGUCGAAUCGUUCAAAGUUUACAAAGACCCUAUUGUCAGUGGAGCUGAUGUACAUAUCGACAUGACAACAGUUACAAAAUGCGAUGCUGCGCCGCUGGCCGACGCUUCCAACAUUCUCAAGCAAACACGAUUAAUUGAUCACAAAUCUGAUCCAUUAAAGAAAGAAAAAAUGAACCAUGAAAAGCUUUUUGAUGUUGCUGUGACAAACACUAUGCACUCCACCCUACUCUCCAAUGAAGACACCAUACCCAAGCGCUCUGCAACAGAAACGUCGCUCUCAGAAAAUGCUGAUGAUAUACAUCCUCCUCAAACACCAUAUACUGACAACAUAACAGAAGAACUCAACCAUAACCAGGAAGAAGCUGAAUCUUCAAUAGGUGACAAUACCAUAAUAACACCUCCAGGUGUAUCCCUUUCUGAUACCAACAAUGCAUCACAAAGUCAUAACAAAACUGAUACUACCUCUGAACCAUCUAAUGAGCUAAGCCUGAACGACCAUGAUGACGUUCCAGCUGCACUAUCAUCAGCUUCUCAAGAUAGCCAGGAAUUUGGCGACGAUAUAGAAUUUGACUCUCAAACUCUGGAAAAAAUCCAGGAGAUCGAAUCUACAAAUUACUCUAAAACGACUUCCACCAGUAUCUCUCCUUCCAAAGCAGCCUCCAUUGGUUACCAAGAAGAAACAGAGGAAGACUUUGGACCAGAUUUUGAUGCAGAUGCCCUUGCAAGCAUUGAAAACAAGACAAGUGGUGUUGACAAGGAUUCCAAACCCAUCUCAGUCAACGUGCCUGGAGAGUCCUACGAAGAAAUCACGUCUUGGCUUGAAGAGUUUGAUGACAUGGACGACAUGUUUGAUGUGGAUUUAGAUGGCCAACUCCCGGAUAACCCCCCAGAAAGCAUACCUCAACUGGACUGUGCUACAGAGAGUUCUUUAGAAUCCUUAUUGCAGUCGUCGGAACUGGACACGCAAAAGAUCUUGGCUGAGGUGAACAACAUCACAAGCAAAUAUGGUGGCUUUUUAACUGGUAGCAAAAAGCCACUAGCUACAGCUCUUUCCUCAGACGCUGUGACGAAUCUGUUUGAGAAGAAAACGUCAAGCAAAAAAAGUGCUGUAAAUAAGAAAGCGCCAAUACGGCCAUUCAAACGACCAACUGCACCAAAAGCUCGGUCACAAUUUGGAGGAUUCGUCAAUGCACGGACGAACUCAGCCUUGCAUGCGUCUGAAAGUGCUAAACGUAAGGCUGCCAAGGCAUUCGGCGAAGAUGGCCAGUUAGUAUACCAAAUUAAUGAUACCGAUGCUCCAACCUCAACUGAAGACAUGAGUCACCAAAAUGGUAAAUCACAAAAGCUUUCGGAUGCUUCUACUUGAUGUUAUUUUAUCUUUGUCUAGCUAGGUCAACCAGCUAUGUGAAGGCGAUGGCUUGUAUCAAUAAACUGUGUAGUAUAAUAAG